AUGGAAAACCUAGAAGAGAACUUGGCCUUCGCGGACCUGGCGCUGCUAGCUCGAGGUGUCCGGCUGUUAUUGGAUCGGUUACGAGCUGGCUGCAGCAGGCACCACGCCCGCGUUGUAAGACGCCGGCUGGCAGACAAACUCGCGCUUACGGCGGCCGGAGAUCGUGUGUCGAUCUUCGACGCCCGGAAACAGUUUGUAAGUACUAGAGGUGUGUGCGGUGUUGUGUCGCGCCUCGGCUCAACGCCCGAUACCGAGCUAUGUGACCGCCGCCGCCGCUACGAGCGAGCUGGCAUACCAAAAUACAAAAUAACAAUUUAUGGAUCAUAUAAAGAAAUAAUGUUUGUAGUACAGCAGCUCGGUUUGCCAGUCGCUAUUGGUUGCACCAUGCAGUGA